UUGAGCUUCAGUUUGUUUUCAGCGAGAAGUGAAAUGCGAGUUUCUGUGUAGUCCUUUCUAGUUUUUUGGAAAAAUAAAGCCAUGGAGUGCCACCUGUACGAUGUCCAACCCGAGGUUGUCCUGCGGAAAGGCGUCGCGUGCUUGGCCAGCCACCUUCUCGAGAAGAAGCAUGAUAAGGACCACCCCCUCGGCCGCUUUCCCGAACGUCCCAACGGCGGGCAGACGGUGCUCCACGCGCACUGGUAUCGGAGGUUGCUUCUCGGCGAGCUGGAACUCGCCUGCAGUGCGGCGUCGGACGUCAGUUACGCCCAGGGGGACGUAAAGUGGUUGUCCUUCGCACAGUUGCUUUCUCUCCGAUCCCGGCACUUCUGCGAAACGCAAGCGGAUUUCUACUCGGCGCACCGAAACUUCUUGGCGAUAGUGGAAGAGCGGUUGCUCGUGGUGCUCGGGGAAUGGCUAAUUGCCAGCUUGCGGGACGAGCAGGGAAAAAGUUGUGGUGAUCUUCAGGAGGGCCAGCGGAAGAACAGCCGUCUAAGGUCGCCGACGCUUUCUCUGGACACCGACCGGUACGUUUUUGGUCGGGAGACGCUUGUGCAGAAUCUCGACUUUGACAAAAGCGAACCGACAAAGAGGGAGAGCUGCAGGGACGAUGCGGCUGUUCAUCUUGGAAGGGAAUCAAGUGCUCCUGCAGUAGGAGCGGGGAAUCCGGAGAGUGACGAAGCUCAGCACGACCUAGCAGUGACGACAGCGCCGGAGGAAAAUCUUCACGUCGAGCUCGCUGGGGGCACUGGAGGAGAGGGGGGCCUGCAGAUUCCAGCUGCAAAAGAUGGCCCUCCACAAGCCAAGAUCACCAUCUACACGUUCGUUUCAAAAUACCAGGGGCAGUCGUUGAUCAAAGGCACAAAGUUGCAAGAGGAAUCCGCCGCCCCGCGCACCUUUGGUCUGCGUGCCGUCAUGUAUUCCGGGGCCUGUGCGCUGUUGCGAGAGGAGCGGGAAAAGCGGUUGCCAAUCUACUGGUGUUUCGAAAUACCACCAGACUACGAUUGGGUUUUUGCACCAGCUGAAACUACGGGUAGCAGUGCGAUCAAGCAGAUAAAAAGUCCAGUUGAACCGCUGGAGGUACUAUCUUCGCGGUCGCCUGUCAAGGAUCAUGAAGGUCGCGCGCAGGGUCCUGUAGCAGCUGCUGGGCCAGGAGAAAAAGAUUCUUCCGGAGGAUCUCCAAGAGCGGAAGCUAGUGGCAGCUCAAGCGCCAAUCUAGACCUCACACCAAAUAAAUACGACCCACGAGCUUCCCCGGAAGAUUCUCCUCCGGACGAAGAUCCGCAAGAUUCUGCAUCGACCUGCUCCAAGGGCUACUUUUUCUACAACUGCGACACGUGCAGCGGCAUUUGGCAUCUGCAACCCCUCCAAUCCGCCGUGGUCGUGAAAGAACAGGUCAUUUCUCAGCAGGUCUCCCGCGCCCUCCGCUGGGAUUUCUGGUAUGGAAACGCGACGGAACUGCGGGUAUCAAAUGCAAAAAUGUCUGGGUCGGGAAGAAUGCAACCUGUCAUGCCAAAUCUGAAGCAUGCAAAAAUCUGUGUUGCAUGAUUACCAAAAGUCGCCCAGUUUUGACCAAGUUGGGAGGAAGUUUCUCAUGCAGGAUAGGCAUGAGAGAGAUCGCAGAGAAUCUGUCAUGCUAGGUCCUGCAUUCCAGACCUCAUGGGCCAAGGAAAAGCUGCAUGACCCUAGAUCUCCUGCGUCCGAAGCUGCUUGCGGCGACGGUGCAAAGGUUUUUGAUGAGGCGCAGUCGGGUAUGCAUGACAAAUCGCGUAUUCUUCCAGACCCAGACACUUUUACAGUUGAUAGCGGGAAAAGUACAGCCACUCGCCUGCGCUGAACGCCGGGACGGUGACGGUGUGGGAGAAGGAACUCUCGGAGAACCCGAAGUCCGACAGGUACAAUUUGAAGAAGAAGCAGAUGGUGUUCAAAAACGAAUUACUCGCGCGGAUUUCCACCCGCCCGCGCGGGAUGGAAGAGUGCUAUGUAUCAAAUGUAAAAAUGUCUAGGUCUGGAAGAAUUCAUGUUUGUCAUGCUUGUCUGGCAUGACUCUUAAAUCUGUCAUGCACGUUACCCAAGAGCUCCGUUUUUCUGUGAUGCAGAAGCGCAGUUUGUCAUGCAGAAUAGGCAACACCUAGGAGCUCAGAAACUUGUCACGCUGAGCCAGCAUUUGUAGCUUCAUCAUGAGACGCCACCCAGCGUCACAAGUUUCCAGACCCAGACAUUGUUGCAUUUGAUACUACGACAACAUCGCGUAUCUGAGGAACAGAAAACAGCCGGACGCGAAGGCGGCGGGAACAGAUGACGUAGUGGUGGCACGCGGCUGUAAGGCGACGAUGUCGACAUCAGCAGCGACAGCAAAGCAAAACCAGUUGCAGCAGCAGGCCCUCGCGCCCUCCAUGGCGAAGGACGGAAAAACGUGGCUGCAAACCGUCUUCCACGAUUCCUGUUCUAGCCCGACCCCGCAGCAACGGCGGUCGAGGGAGCUGCUUCAGCUACCAUCCAUGGACGAUAUGCUCGCGACCGGACCGUUGAGAAACAGUGCGGAUAAGAAGCGGGUGAGCGAACGGUCGAGUCGGGCGUCGGUGCGAGAGAAUGAUGCUGGUGGAGGUUCUGUAGUUGGCGACGGUGGAAAUGGACAAAAUGUGUCAAGUUCCUCCUCGAAUCGUUCCAGUCGGUCUUCGCAGCAGAGCCAAUCGAGCGUUACAAGUACCGGAUCGCGCGGAGGGCGGCUGAGCCAGCUGUAUACGAAAAUGCGGAACGCGUUGAGAAAGAACAAGGUCCUCGACGGGGAGGAGGAAGAUUGCAAUUAUGCGGAACAUCACGAUCGCGACGAUAUCCCCUACGAAAGCUGUCGAGAAGACUGCGGGCCUUCUAAAAAUACUGGUGUGACUCAACAGCCAGCGAAGAUGAAUCCAUCUUCGCCAACAUCGGUGAAAGCACAGAAAGCGAGUUUCGAGGAAGCCACGAAAUCGACCAGUGUAGUGGACAAGAGAAGUUCAGGACAAACUGGUUCAGCCUCGUCGCGAGGAUUGCCUCCCCGCCCGCCAACCGGACUUUCAGCGCUGAACAAGCCACCGAUUUGUAACGUCAGCGUCGGGCGGAGAAGCGAUCUCCAAUCGGGAAGGGAAAGCUCGCCAUUUGCGGCGAGAAGUAUGAAGGAGACCAGUACUGUCAACGGUCGUUUUUCCCCUGCCGUCGCUGCGUCAACGCCGAAACUGUCGCAGCAAAGCCACGGCUCGAACCGGGGCAGUUUUCUUCGGCCGCCGACAACAGCGUCUGGAGCCGGGCGGCAGAAAUCCCGAUCACGGAGCAUCAUCCGGACCGCGGCCCGGGUGGUGCGAAAGUUCGGAGCUGGCACGACAGAUAGCGGUUUCCUCGUGCGGAAGCCAACGAGCGGACUCUCGGGGUUCGACAGUUCGAAGCAAGUCACGAAACAGGCAGUAUCUGCGAAAAACAAACUCGCGUUGCGGUACCUGCAGCGCAUCGGCGCGGACAAGGGCCGUGGGAGUGGCGGAUCGGAGCUGGUGUGAGGGUAGUUCUUGGACAGGGCUGACACGUCGAGUUUUUUCAAGUACGGAAAAACAUGGCGCACAUGAUUGAUUAGUGAGUUGC